ACCACUCAACGUUCCCCAACAAUCACCCACAUCGCAUUCAAAAACCCGCGCCCGCCCACAGACCGGCACUUGGCCUUGGCUACCUACCUAUCAAGGAAGACAACACACCGCACCACAACAUACGAACCAACACCCAACAACACUUGCUCCGAUCUCCACACCAACAUUCUGGUCCGGUCUACAAUCCCAUCGUCAAAAAAACAUCUUACUUCUGGAUUUCGGAGUCUUCGGCGCAGCAAACAACAAGCCCAGCAAAAAACGAGCGAGGAGGAAGUAGAGGGAUUUUUUGUCAAGAACGUUUGGCGAACUUUUUCCCUUAUUUCUUGUACUCCUGCAGCUGCACGCAAGCGAGCGCAACAGCUCAAUCGGAAGAUUUACCAGCCACAAUAUCUCCAGGACGUUAAUUGGGACAACUAGGUCCCAAGCGGAGGUGGACCACAUGCAACGCGUACAGUCAGCAGUAGAUUUUUCCAAUCUGCUGAAUCCAUCCGAAUCCACGGCCGAGAAGAGAGAUCACAGCGGCUCCCCAAGACAACAAACCGCACAACCACAACAGCAGCAACAACCACAGCCCGAAGCAGAUAUGGCGACAGUCGGCUUGUUGCGCCCCAAUGGGCCCCUGCCCGGUGCCCAACCUACUGAGCCCGCCAACGAGCUCCCACGGCCUUACAAGUGCCCUCUGUGCGACAAGGCUUUCCACCGCCUGGAGCAUCAGACAAGACACAUUCGCACCCACACAGGAGAGAAGCCGCACGCGUGCCAGUUCCCGGGGUGUAGCAAGAAGUUCUCGCGUUCGGACGAGCUGACCCGGCACUCGAGGAUACACAGCAAUCCUAACUCGCGGAGGGGAAACAAGGGCCAGCAGCAGCAGCAGCAUCCCCUUGUCCACAACCACGGGCUGCAGCCCGACAUGAUGCCUCCUCCCGGCCCCAAGGCUAUCCGCUCUGCUCCUCCUACUGCCAUGUCCUCUCCCAACGUGUCACCCCCUCACUCUUACAGCCCUUAUAACUUUGCUCCCUCGGGCCUCAACCCCUAUAGCCAUUCCCGUAGCUCCGCGGGCAGCCAAAGUGGUCCUGAUAUCUCGCUCCUCGCGAGGGCCGCCGGACAAGUUGAGCGGGACGGCGCCGCUCAUCAUCACUUUCAGCCACGAUUCCAGUUCUACGGAAACACUCUGCAUGCCGCCACGGCUUCCAGGAAUCAGCUCCCUGGGCUCCAGGCCUAUCACAUGUCCAGGUCGCACUCCCACGAGGAUCACGAUGACCACUAUGGCCAGUCUUACAGGCAUGCCAAGAGGUCGAGGCCCAACUCGCCCAACUCGACAGCACCUUCUUCCCCGACAUUCUCUCACGACUCGCUAUCGCCUACUCCCGAUCACACUCCACUUGCUACUCCUGCUCACUCGCCUCGUCUGCGCCCUCAUCCUGGCCUUGAGCUGCCCCCUUUCAGGAAUCUUUCCUUGGGCCAACAGCACACAACGCCUGCGCUGGCUCCUCUCGAGCCCGCUCUUGAUGGGCAGUUCUCGCUUCCCCAGACUCCUCCCGCUGCGCCCAGGAGCAGUGGCAUGUCCUUGACCGACAUCAUCAGCCGACCUGAUGGCACUCAAAGGAAACUACCCGUGCCCAAGGUUGCUGUCCAGGAUCUGCUUGGACCCGCCGAUGGGUUCAACCCAAGUGUCAGGAACUCUUCUUCUACCAGCCUCUCUGGGGCGGAGAUGAUGGACCGGUUGUAAAGCAACAUCAGUGGACAAACUUGACUUUUUGAAACUUGCUCGAUAACGACGAAUGAUCAAAACUAGCGGGAACUAGCGGGACGAUAUAGAAGGGUGCAGACUUUGGCGUUCAAUGGGUCCAUUCCUCUCAUCACACUUUGGGUUGCCACUGGUUCUUGACUAGGAGCUGGUGGUGGAGUAUGGCUUGCAUAGAGUGUUUUUGAUCAUUUUCUUUUUUAUUUUGCUUGGUACACUCGUCUAAUAACUGUCGGCCAAAAAGGGAUGGAUCAUUUGGUUGGGCUUUUGCUAGCGGGCGAAUGGCAUUGGAAAUCGGACAGUUGGCACAGCGAAAUUCUUUUUGUCUAUGGACUACUGGGAACAUUAUAGAAUCGGGGAGGCAUACAUUUGCUUUUGGGAUUAGGAAAUAUUUCCUUUCACAUCUGUGUUUCAUCAUAUUCAUUGGCGUGUUUUUUUUUUUU